AUGGAAGCUCUGACCACCACAGAGCUCGCUGGGCUCAAGCUCGUCACGAGGGGCAAGGUCCGAGACAUCUACGAGCUGCCGGAGCAGCCAGACUGUCUGCUCUUUGUCGCUACCGACCGUGUCUCUGCGUUCGACGUCAUCAUGAAGAACGGCAUACCUUCCAAGGGACAGCUGCUCACCCAGCUCUCUCAAUUCUGGUUUGACUUCCUCGAGGACGUCGUGCCAAAUCAUGUCGUGACAGGCGACGUGAGCAAGAUGCCGGCGAGCGUGCGCAAACACGAGGACAUCCUCAGAGGGCGUACACUGCUCGUCAAGAAAGCCAAAGUGCUCAAGUGCGAGGCAAUCGUGCGAGGCUACCUGACAGGCAAGAAGGAUGAGAAGCUCAUCUCCUUGCUGCUUCGCCCAGGCUCGGCGUUCAGCGAGUACGAGAAGCAUGGCACAGUGCACGGCAUCAAGCUACCACCCGGCCUGCAAGAAUCUUCCAAACUUCCCAAGCCGCUCUUCACGCCGAGCACAAAGGCAGACGUAGGCGAAAAGGAUGAAAACAUCCAUCCCGACAGACUGCCGAGCCUGUUGCCUGACCCCUCCUGGGCGCCCGUCUUGACCCAGACCGCAAUCGACCUGUAUGGCAAGGCAGCAGAACACGCACUCAAGGUUGGCCUCAUCUUGGCAGACACCAAAUUCGAGUUUGGCUUGCUGUCAAACAGCGAGACGGCCGGCAAGCCUAUCUUGCUCCUCAUCGACGAAGCUCUCACGCCCGAUUCAUCUCGCUUCUGGCCUGCCGCAGAAUGGAGUGAAGGCAAACGCAUGACGGGUAUCGACAAGCAAUACCUCCGCGAAUGGCUCAAGAGCGGCGGCGGAGGCUUCGGCGAUUCUCAGUCGAGUCAGCAGGAGGGCGUACAGAUACCGGGUGACAUCGUAGACGCAACCUGGGAACGCUAUCUGGAAGCUUUUCGAAAAAUCACCGGACGAGAUUUCACGGCCAAAUAG